GAUUUCGCAAAGUCUGAUGAUGACCGAUUAGAAGAAUUUACGACAAACAUGAAUGUUGUGUUGGGUUCAACAGAGCCAAAAGUAUUUAAAGGCAACUUCGAGAUGGUGUUUAUUCCUAUGUUGACAGGGCAACAUUACUAUCUGCUGUUUUUCAACUUGAAAACAAGAGAUAUCUUUAUUAUUGACAACGUAGAAGGUGUUGCGGGCUUAGAAAGAUACCACGGAAAUGUGGAGAAGAUGAUAAGUACAUUUUGUCGGUAUCUAAGACCGAUGCAUCCAAAAAUCACCUCGCAGCUAAGGAAUACAAAACUAGUUCGGCUGGUGUUGCCAUGGCAAACACUUUACAAUGGCAUCGACUGUGGUAUUUUCCUGAUGCGGCAUAUGGAAACUUACACUGGAACACACGUGGGACAUUGGAUGUGUGGUUUAUCGAAUGAGAGGGACAUUUCUAGAGAGAUGUUGCCUGAUCAAGCAAAGGAAAUCGAGGAUCUACGUAAGAAGUACCUCUCAAAAAUGCUCCUAAGCGAUGUGAACACGGAACGGGGCCAAGUGGAACGAGAAGUACAAGAAUACGCACUUUUGGACGAGGAUGAAAGGGUGAGAAUGGAAGACAAUGCAAUCGAUCGGAUUGCUGAAAGGUUGGGAGCUGCCGUGUAGGUGGACAGCAGAACAAGUUAAACUUUUUAUUAAUAGACAAAAACAUUUUGGGAAAUUUAGAUUAUAUGAUGUGUUAGCGUUUUGGAAAAGUUGUGAUUAUGGUAUAAUUUGACUAUGUA